UUUUUCUAGAAGUCGUUAAAAUCUGGUUUAGCUUAGAAUACAACAGUGCUGAAUAAGCUCUCCACCGAGCAAGUUCUACAUCUGUUUUGAAAGCGCAGUGUUCGUGUUGUUCUCUGGUUCAGGGCCGAAUUUGGCGUGAGUCAUCAUGGAAAAGCUCCAAAUCGCAGAUGUGGAAAAUGAGUACACAAAAUUUCCUGAGCUGAAACGAGAGGAUGUUCAAAAAAUUCGCGAAUGGAUGGAAAAACAACCCCACUUGCCGAAGAUAAGUGAUUUGGAAAUAGUUCUAUUCCUGCAUUCAAAUUAUUCUCGCAUUGAGCCAACGAAGCAAACCAUAGAUGCGAAUUAUACAUGCCGUACCCACGUGCCAGAGUUUUUCGCAAAAUGGGAUUAUUUAUCGAGUGAAUUCAAAACAAUAAUGGAUUUAGUGACAAUAGUGCCACUAGCCAUUCCAACGGAGGACUCUUGUAAGGUAGUUUACGGGCGCUUGAUCAAUACUGAUGUUACCGAAUUUACAUUUGAGUACACAUUGAAGUUUCUGCUAUCGUCAGCUGAUCUGAUUCAGAGGGAACAUGGCGCUGUUUAUGGGUACAGAUUUAUAAUUGAUAUGGAAGGCGUUACGAUGGGUCACGUGACCAAAUUGACGAUCAGCAUUGUUAAGAAAUUCUUACACUAUCUCCAAGAGGCAAUGCCAGUGCGUUUGAAGGGAAUACAUCUGAUAAAUGUUGUGCCCUUCAUUGAUAAAAUAAUGAUGCUGGUCAAACCAUUCAUGAAGAAAGAACUCGUCGACAUCUUACACCUUCACAGUGCCAUCAAUAGUAUAUAUCCGUUCGUGCAGAAACAAUGUCUCACCGGAGAAUUGGGUGGAAACGCAGGAUCGCUUUUUGAUAUAAGAGAUGAAAUCAAUCAGCAUCUUCUAGAUAAUCGAGACUUUUUCCUCGAAGAGGAGAAAAAAAGGGUUGUUGAGGAGAGGAGACCUGGAAAACCAAAAGAUUCUGGAUCUAUUUUCGGAAUGGAAGGAAAUUUCAAGAAACUCGACAUUGAUUACCUAGAGCUCAUACUUUUCCUCGUAUCGAAUUAUUUUAAAAUGGAGGCGGCUAAGCAAACGAUCGAUUGUUAUUAUACGUGCAGAACCCAUGUUCCGAUGUAUUUUGCCAAUCGGGACAUGUUGAGCCCAGGAACCAAGAAAGCUAUGGAUACUAUAUAUGGCUUAGCGUUGCAAAAGCAGACACACGAGGGAUACGUUGUGUUCUAUGGAGCUCUGAAGGAUUUUAACCCAAGCAAUUUUGAUCUGGCAGAACUUUUGAAACUGAUGAUAUAUAUUUUCGAUCUGCACUUCAUGGAGCAUGGGUCUGCCAAGGGAUAUCGAAUUGUGAUCGACAUGGAUGGAGUGUUGUUCGGGCAUGUGGCAAGACUAGGCGUUUUGCCGAUUAAGCACUUUUUGUACUAUCUACAGGAAGCAAUGCCGAUUCGUUUGAAGGGUUUGCAUUUCACAAACAUUGUGACGUUCAUGGACACAAUUUUGGCCCUGUUGAAGCCAUUCAUGAAGAAGGAACUUCUCGAUGUCCUAUUCCUGCACACUUCCAACGAACAAAUGUAUCCAUAUGUUGACAAGGAAUGCCUUCCAAAAGAUCGUGGAGGCUAUUGCGAGAGCCGCGAAGUUCAAACCAAGAAAUGCUAUGAACGUCUAUUGGAGGUUAAGGAUUACUUCUUGGAGGAAGAAAAAACUAGACGUGUUGACGAAGGUAAACGACCUGGAAAACCGAAAACAGCUGGGGAAUUAUUUGGAGUAGAAGGCAAUUUCCGGAAAUUGGAUAUCGACUAGGGAUAUGGUUGUUGCUUUGACUUUGGCAGUGGGUUUGGUAAAUUGUUAAUUGAAUUAUUGUAUUUAUUGUUUAAAGUUGGAUUGUAUUAAUCAUAGUUUUUAAUAUACGGAUGCUGAUUUUCAAUUCAAA